AUGCCCCUAGAAGGUAUUCCCUUCAAAAGAAUGCCCCUUGAUGUUAUUCCCUUCAAAAGGAUGCCCCUAGAAGAUAUUCCUUUCAAAAGGAUGCCCCUAGUAGAUAUUCCCUUUAAAAGGAUGCCCUUAGAAGGUAUUCCCUUCAAAAGGAUGCCCCUUGAUGUUAUUUCCUUCAAAAGGAUGCCCCUAGAAGGUAUUCCCUUCAAAAGGAUGCCCCUAGUAGAUAUUCCAUUCAAAAGGAUGCCCCUAGAAGGUAUUCCCUUCAAAAGGAUGUCCCUUGAUGUUAUUUUCCCUUCACAAAAAGGAUUGCCCCAAGAACGGUUCAUUCCCUUUAAAAACGGUAUGCCCUUGAUUUUUAUUUUUUGUUCCCUUCAAAGGCUGCCCCUAGAAGGUAUUCCCUUCAAAAGGAUGCCCCUAGAAGGUAUUCCCUUCAAAAGGAUGCCCCUUGAAGGUAUUCCCUUCAAAAGGAUACCCUUAGAAGUUAUUCCCUUCAAAAGGAUGCCCCUUGAUGUUAUUCCCUUCAAAAGGAUGCCCCUAGAAGAUAUUCCCUUCAAAAGGAUGCCCCUUGAUGUUAUUCCCUUCAAAAAGAUGACCCUAGAAGGUAUUCCCUUCAAAAGGAUUCCUCUAGAAGGUAUUACCUUCAAAAGGAUGCCCCUAGAAGAUAUGCCCUUCAAUAGGAUGCCCCUAGAAGGUAUUCCCGUCAAAAGGAUGCCCCUAGAAGGUAUUGCCUUCAAAAGGGUGUCCCUUGAAGCUAUUCCCUUCAAAAGGAUGCCCCCUUGA